AUGGAAGGGAAAAGUGAUGGUGAAAACCCUUUGGACCCACGUACUCCAGGAACUGAAAACAAUACGCCACCGAUUCGUGGGAUUGGGUUACGAGUAACAAACAUUGAAGGUAACCCUCUGUUACCUAGACGUGGAUUGUAUUCUACCAGUAAUACUUCGGUGUUGGAUGGGUUGCUCGAGAUUUCGAAGCCUGUGGAAUUGGAUAAUAUAUGGGGUUAUGGGGAUGUGUUUACGGCUGCCAAUAUGGAACCCCAUGCAAACCCUAGUUCGAGUAACGUGGUAAAGGAAGUGCACAGCGUUUCUUAUGCGGAUAAGGUUAAAACUCAAACAUCGAUGAAAAGAGAGGUCAACUUCCGUAAGUUGGAUGCUACAGAGACAGUUCAGGAUGCCGAUGUGCUUAUUCCUCGCGAGGUAAUUAAAAAGGUCCAAGAUAAGUUUGAGAAUGUUUUGUAUGGCUAUUUUUUGGGCAACCGGUUACCGUUUCCGGUUGUGGAAUAUUAUGCGAAAAAUGUGUGGGCUAAGUAUGGUUUCUCCAAAAUCAUGAUGAACAAGGAUGGGUUCUUCUUUUUUAAGUUUGAAACAAAAGAGGGCAUGGCCAAAGUUUUGGAAGGAGGUCCAUGGUUGAUCAGAAAAGUGCCGUUGUUUUUGAAUAUCUGGUCUCCGGAUGUGAGUCUAAGGAAAGAGGGUAUUAAAUCGAUUCCUGUAUGGGUCAAGAUGUAUAACGUUCCAAUUGCAAUUUAUACGGAUGAUGGCUUGAGUUUGUUGGCUUCUAAGAUAGGAACACCGAAGAGAUUAGAUGGGUAUACAGCGGAUAUGUGUGCGGAUAACUGGGGACGGAGCAGUUUUGCAAGGGCUCUAAUCGAAAUAGACGCGGAGAAUGAAAUAAAAGACCAUAUCAUUGUUGCCAUACCGAAGCUGGAAGGAGAGGGUUACAUCACGGAGAGGGUGAAAGUGGAGUAUGAAUGGCAGCCACAGAGGUGUUCUCUGUGUUGUAUUUUUGGCCACAAUGAUCAGACAUGUAUCAAGAAUGUUAAUAAUAAAGCUAAACAAGUGGUGGUGGAUGACGAGGGUUUCACUGUCGAUAAGCGGAAGGUGGCAAGGAUGGGAACGAUGCAAAAGAGACAAAAGCAGAAAUUUAUCUAUAAACCUAAGCUGAAUAAGUCAGGAGCAAGUACCUCGGGCACUAAGGAGAAUACUUCGGAUAAUAGGAAAAAUGCUAGUGUGAAAACUGCUAAUUCGUUUGAGGCUUUGGAUAGUGACUAUUUGGAAGAACAUGUAGCCGUAAGCGGGUUGAACAAGGAGCUGAAGCAGAACUCGAAAUUUGGGAAUGGGAUACCUACUCGAUCUGAGGAUGAAGUAGAGGAGGUCGUUCAGACGGAGAUGGCGUCAUUCAUGAAAGCUGGUAAGAGUCAUGUUUCUGAGGGGGCAAGCACUCCCGGUCAAGAAGAAUCGCAUGUGAAUGUCACGAAGCUGGGUACCAUAUGUAAUAGUGUAUUUCGGAAUUGGAAUUGGACAUCUAAUGGGGAUUUAUGUAGCAGGGGCACCCGAAUAAUUCUGGGUUGGGAUUCGGAUGUGGUGGAUCUCAUGGUGCUCGCCCAAACUGAUCAGGUUAUUCACACACAAAUGCUGGAUAAGGCUAAUAAAAAAGUGUUAUUCUGCUCUUUUGUAUACGCGGAGAAUAAGUAUCAAGAUCGUAGAAGUCUAUGGGAGAGUUUAUGUAAUCACAAAUCCUUAUGUCAUGAUAAACCAUGGGUCGUUAUGGGGGAUUUUAAUGCUACGCUUCAGCUUGAGGACUCCAUUUAUGGAACAUCUCAACAGACGAUCAGCAUGGGUGAGUUUAGAGAUUGUGUUCAGUUUCUGGAAUUGUUGGAUAUUCAGGGGCAUGGUUUUCAGUUUACUUGGAACCAACGACCCAAAGAUGGGGUGGGUCUUCUUAAAAAGAUUGAUAGAGUCAUGGGUAAUAUUCAGUUCCUGGAUUUCUGGCCGAAUGCUUUUGCUAUGUAUCACCCAUUUAGAAUCUCGGACCAUACGCCGUGUAUUUUGAAGAUGGGGGCCGUAAAUGAGAAGAAAAUCAAGCCUUUCAAGUUUCCGAACUUUAUCGCGUCCAAGCCGGAAUUCCUGACUUGCGUGGACCAGGAAUGGAGGCGAUCGGUUUCAGGCUUUAACAUGUUUUCGGUCACAAAGAAACUUAGUAAUCUCAAACCGCAUUUAAGAAAGAUCCUAUUCAACCAGGGAAACUUGCAUGCUAAGGUGUCGGAGCUUAGGAAAAAGUUGGAUGAGCUUCAAAUGCUUGUUGAUCAGAGCCCUUUGGAUGCUAAUCUCCGUCAACUUGAAGCGACUUGUCUUCAAGAAUUUCAGUCCGCUGCUUAUGAUGAGGAAUGUUUCCUCAAACAGAAAUCAAAGGUCGAAUGGUUGUGUGCUGGAGACUCUAAUACGAAAUAUUUUCACAAUGUGGUGAAAAGCCGUAAUGCGAGGGGCAAAAUUCAUAGUGUUGUUGAUACUUUGGGGGUUCGCCAUGAAGGUAAUGGGGUGCCGGCUGCCCUAGUUACCCAUUACACCAACUUUCUUGGUGUUGAGGACCAGGUUACGUCCAUUAACUUGGAUAGUUUGUUUGUUAAUGUUCUUAACCAUGAUGAUGCGGCUAAUAUGGUUAGACAAGUUACUAGAGAGGAAGUCAAAGCGGCUAUGUUUAACAUUGGUGAAAAUAAAGCCCCGGGUCCUGAUGGGUAUACGUCUGCUUUUUUCAAGAAGGCUUGGGAUAUUAUCGGUACUGAAGUCACGGAUGCAGUCCUUGAUUUUUUUGAUAAUGGUAAACUCCUCAAACAAUUAAAUCAUACGAUCCUAGCUUUGAUUCCUAAGAAAGACAUCCCGGACUCUGUUUUGGAUUAUCGCCCUAUUUCAUGUUGUAACGUGCUUUAUAAGUGUAUUAGCAAGAUAAUCACGGAUAGGAUUAAGGGGAGCUUGGGGGCUCUUGUCAGCAUUAAUCAGUCGGCCUUUAUCCCGGGUAGGAAAAUCUCUGAUAAUAUCCUUCUAACUCAAGAGCUGAUGCACAACUAUCAUUUGAAUAGAGGCCCUGCGAGGUGUGCUUUUAAAAUAGACAUCCAGAAAGCAUAUGAUACGGUUAGUUGGUCUUUUUUAAAAGCUAUCCUUAUUCGUUUUGGAUUUGAUCAGCGUAUGGUGCAGUGGAUUAUGACGUGUGUUUCUACGGCUUCAUACUCAUUGUCAGUUAAUGGUAAUCUUCAUGGUUUUUUCAAGGGGAAGAGGGGGUUGAGACAGGGCGAUCCUAUGUCUCCGUAUUUGUUUACCCUUAUCAUGGAAGUGUUGUCUCUUUUAUUGCAACAGGCGGCUGAUGUCAAUUCGUCUUUUAAAUUUCAUCAUCAGUGUGCUAAGCAGAGAAUUAUUAAUGUUUCUUUUGCGGAUGAUUUGUUCAUAUUUGUCCAUGCUGACAUUUGCUCGGUCAAAAAGAUUCGAGAUGCUCUACAAAACUUUACCAGUUGGUCGGGGUUGGUUCCGAGCCCAACCAAGAGUACCGCAUAUUUUUCAAAUGUGCCGUCUUUGGUAAAACAACAGAUUCUCUCGCUGAUGCCUUUCCAAGAAGGUAAUCUGCCGGUUAGAUAUCUUGGGGUGCCUCUCAUAUCUACAAAGCUGAUUUUUAAAGAUUGUAAAAUCUUGAUUGAGCGCAUGGAGAGCAGAAUUACGAGCUGGAUUGCUAAAUCUUUGUCUUUUGCGGGCCGCCUCCAACUUAUUAAAUCAGUUUUAUCGUCAAUGCACAUCUUUUGGGCGUCAGUUUUUAUUCUCCCUGCUCGGGUAAUUGCUGAAUUAGAGAAAAGAAUGCGUCGUUUCUUAUGGAAUGCGGGUUCGUUGGGCAGGAUUCGUGCCAAAAUUGCUUGGUCUGAUGUUUGUUUACCUAAAGAGGAGGGAGGUUUAGGUAUUCGAAAUAUAGGAGAUGUUAAUAAAGCUCUUAUGACUAACCACAUAUGGAGUAUUAUCAUGAACCGAGAGUCUUUGUGGGUUCGAUGGAUCCACUCAUACAAGCUAAAGGGGAGAAGUUUUUGGGAGGUUCCUUGUAGGGGGAGUGUGAGUUGGGGAUGGCGUAAGCUCUUAUCCAUUCGGAAUUUGGUUCGUCCGUAUUUGGUUAUGUCUAUUAGAAGUGGCGGCCAGACUAAUGCAUGGUGUGAUAAUUGGUGCCCUUUGAGUCCGAUUAGUACUUUUAUUACUCCGAGAACCAUUGCUAAUGCGGGCUUUAACAUGCGCUCUACGGUUGCUGAUAUAGUUGAUGCUUCGGGUCAAUGGCGAUGGCCGGCAGCGUGGUAUGAUUUGUUUCCGGUCUUGAUAAAUUUACAUCCACCAACUCUUGUUCACAAUGUACCAGACAAACCUACGUGGAAAGACUUGGAGGGUAAAGAUAGUUUUUUCAGCUCUAAGGAAGUUUGGAAUAACAUUAGAAGUCGGGGUGAAACGGUCUCUUGGUUCAAUAUGAUUUGGUUUCCCCAGUGCAUUCCUAGACAUUCGUUCCAUAUGUGGCUGGUUAUAAGGAACAAACUCAAAACACAGGAUCGCCUUAUGAUUUGGGAAGCCGGGAGUGCUACGAAUUUACGGCUUAUGUGUUGCCCACUUUGUCGUUAUGAUCGUGACUCUCGUGACCACCUUUUCUUCCAAUGCAGCUUUGCGUCUCGUGUUUGGAAUAAUGUUAAAACGAUGGUUGCGUUGGAGAAUGUUUCUGAUUCUUGGGCGUCCAUCUGUGCAUGGAUGGAGAGCACGGCGUCUUCAAAGACGACGAAUGUCGUCGUGGGAAAGAUUCUGAUUUCGGCUACAACAUAUUUUGUAUGGCAAGAGCGGAAUGCUAGACUUUUCUCUAAGAAUCACAAGUCGGUUGAAGUGGUGACUGAAUUAAUCAAGCACACGGUCCGGUUAAAGCUUAUGGGUUUCAAGUUUCGCGGCAGCGCAGAUCGGAAAAGAGUGCUAAAGGCUUGGAAGAUUUAUUCAGAUGAAGAUGGAUUUGAUCCGGUUUUGUUUCCUAGUCUUGAUGAGGAAUGCUUUCUUAAGCAGAAAGCUAAGGUUGAUUGGCUUAGUGCGGGUGAUGCUAAUACUUCAUAUUUCCACAAGUGUGUGAAAAGUAGAAAUGCUAGAAGUAAAAUUUCGUGUAUCAAAGAUGCUCAAGGUAAUCAGUUUGAGGGCGAUGAUGUUCCGGCUGUUUUUGUUGCUCAUUACACGGAUUUCUUGGGUACUCCGGACCAUGUUGACCGGCUUGAUAUUGAUAACUUGUUUAUUAAUACUCUCUCUAGUGAUUCUGCAAAUCAUAUGGUUCGUCCGGUGACCAGAGAGGAAGUCAAAAAGGCUAUGUUUAGCAUUGGGGAGAACAAAGCUCCGGGGCCUGAUGGGUUCACUUCAGCCUUCUUUAAACAUGCUUGGGAUACUGUCGGUGAGGAAGUUACGGACGCGAUUCUUGCUUUCUUUGAUAAUGGCCAAUUGCUUAAACAGAUUAAUCACACGAUCAUUGCAUUGGUGCCUAAAAAGGAGACCCCAAAUUCGGUUCUUGAUUAUAGACCGAUUUCUUGUUGUAAUGUGCUAUUCAAAUGCAUUAGUAAAAUCAUCACGGAUAGACUUAAAGGCAAUUUGGAUAGCUUGGUCAGCAUAAACCAAUCGGCAUUUGUUCCUGGUCGUAAGAUAUCUGAUAACAUCCUCCUCACGCAAGAACUUAUGCAUAAUUAUCAUACCAAUUGA